AUGACGAAGCUGUUCGAAAUGGUAUUUAACGUUCCAAUGGAAUGUGACGGUUGCGAACAAUCUGUCAAGAACGCAUUGCAAGACACCAAGGGUCUAGAAAAGCUUAACAUUGAUUGGAAGUCGAAUGUCGUGAGCGUAAUCGGCUUUGUGCCGCCCUCAGAAAUUGUGAGCUCGCUCCAGAAAAUAGGGAAGGAUGCUAUCAUCCGAGGAACCGGAGCUCCCAAUUCUGCCGCCGUGUCAAUUUUGGAGUGUUUCCAUUCAUUCAAGAAGAACCAGUCGGUCAAAGGUUUGGCCCGAAUUGUUGCAGUUGACCAAGAGAACCUCGUUGUGGAUUUGACUUUGAGCAACUUGGCUGAAGGAACAUACUAUCCCCAAAUCAGAGCCUCGGGUGACUUGAGUGAAGAUGGGCUUUCCUCCAGCAAAAUUUUCCACAGCUUUGAACCUUUCGUGGUAUCGGGUCAGAACGCCGCUUCAUCCGGCAGUACUCUUGGUGACUCGCAUCAACAAUUCUUACAAGCGCGCUUGCGUAUCAUGGACAUUAUUGGACGCAGCUUUGUUUUAUCAAAGGACAAGGAGGAUGUGACUGAGGAUUCGCUUUGCGGAGUCAUAGCUAGAAGCGCAGGUGCUUGGGAAAAUGACAAGUACGUCUGUACAUGUAGUGGUAAGACAAUUUGGCAAGAGCGAGUGGAUGCCUUAGGUAAAGGGAUCACUUCGUAA